GUGUUAUGCUCACAAGUUCGGUAACCGCUUCGUCGGCGUUCGUGAACGCGUCGGCGGCGGCGGGACACGUGCUCCGACGGUAGCUCGACAUUGGUGUGCGUGUACGAAAUCGUGUGGCGAACGCAGCAACAAGCUCCGCCGCGCACCGGACAGUCGUCUGUCAGCAUCGUUGGCGCGCGUACCGUCCGAACACGCCCGCGGUCUCCACGUCCGUCGCGUUCCGAUCUGUUUCGUCGUCGUCGUCGUCGUCGUUUGUGGAUACGCUCUCGCGAAAGUGUCCGUUCGCGACCCUUUGACACUCGUCUCGCACUCGCACUCGGUUUUCGCAAUAAGCGUGUAGGCUUGUCGUUUCCGGUUCCGGCUGCGGCCGAUCGCGCCCAUGUGAUAUGCCCGUUUCGCGUCGUCGUCAUCGGUAUCAUCGAACGCGGCAGAAUGAUUGGCAUCGGCGGCGACGAUGACUCCAGCAGUGGAGUUGUUUUGAGCGUUGGCGGAGGUGUCAUCGUCGGAAGUGUCGGCUGCAACGGAGGACCGGGUCUGUUCCGGUCCAGAAGUUUGCCACACCUGUUGGGAAACGACUCGGGCGUAGGUGGCAGCUUCAGUGACGGUGUCGGUGGUAGCGGAUUCCCGGAAGGUGGUGUUGGCGGCACCGGAAGCGGCUUCCACGGCGGUAGAGGCGGCGCGCCAUUGCCCGGUCAUUGCAGCAAGUCGCAACCCGCCGGUCUAUCUGGACUCGGUGAUAUCCGUCAACUAGUCACUCUUAAGCAACAUUACUACCCUGAGGGUGGAUGGGGCUGGGUUGUGGCUGCUGUGGCUAUGACCGCGCAUCUGCUCACUCACGGACUCCAUCUCGCGUCUGGUGUGUUUAUCCAGGAGUUAGUGUACAAGUUUGGACCCGGCACCGUGGUACCUGCAGGUAAGAAGAAAACAGUUAAUACAUGUGGCAGUUUUAAUAAUAGGUAUUUGUUAUAUUAAAUUACCUAAAAUAUAUAAAACAAUAUAUGUAUAAUAUAUAUAAGUAUAACAAAUGUUAGUAUUUAAAAUAUUUUUGGUUAUUAAGUUU